CAAAUGCUAAAUUUGGCAAAAAGGGCGGGGGAAAAAGAAUCAGGACUGAGGUUGUAAAUAUUUUAAAGCAACUUUUUUUGAACAGAAAUUUAAACCCCAAGAACAAAAUGACGGCCAAGGAGAUGCGUAAAGAACUGUUAAGGUUUGUGCGUGCUGGAGAAAUUGAAGAGGAUCAUGUACCUCAACUAAACACAAUCCAAAGUUGGAUUGCCUGA